AUGAAUAGAAUUGCCAUUGGUCAAAUAUGUUCAUCUAGUUCUUUGACACAUAAUCUGAAAACCAUUAGCAAGCUGAUCGACUCAGCAUUGAUGCAAGAUGCCAAAAUCAUUUUUUUCCCCGAAGCCUCAGAUUACAUCUCAAGAUCGGCUACACACUCCAAAAAACUGGCAUCCCAGUCGCCAGAGUUUGUGGAAAACUUAUGCAGAACAAUUCCAAGUCUCUGCGACAAAUACGGCAAGAAAAUAGACGUCUCAAUUGGAGUUCACUUGCCAGCCAUUCAGCUCGAUGAAAAGAGGCCCGAUGACAGGGUCAGAAACUGCUUGCUCUAUAUCAACCAUAAGGGCGAAAUUGUUCAGACGUACCAAAAGCUGCAUCUGUUUGACGUGGAUGUUCCAAAUGGACCGGUACUAAAGGAAAGUGAAUCUGUGCAACCUGGCUCCAAAGUCCCGGCUGUUUUAGACACGCCAGUAGGCAAACUUGGACCGGCCCUUUGCUUUGACAUGCGCUUUCCUGAACUAUCGCUAAAGCUACGUUCUAACGGAGCUGAACUGCUUUGCUUCCCAAGCGCGUUCACAGUCAAAACUGGAGAAGCCCAUUGGGAACUCCUCGCAAGGGCCAGAGCCCUUGACACACAGUGCUACGUUGUAAUGCCUGCGCAACAAGGAGAGCAUCAAGUUAAUCUCGAUCUCGAACCCGGUGCUACGGAUGAUUCGUCUGUCAAAAGAAUCUCUUGGGGACACUCAAUGAUCAUUGAUCCCUGGGGCCAAAAGAUUGCCGAAGCUGAUCCACAGGGCGAGGACGUCCAAUUGGUACUUGCAGAUUUGGACUUUGCUGCCCUCCGUAAAACUCGUACAAACAUGCCCUUGUGGGAACAACGGAGACGGGAUGUGUUCGGAGACUACGUUUAA